UGGAGUUACCAGCCUCUCGCCUACGCUUGGCCGUCAGCGAGGCAAGCUGGGAGAACCGGUCACUGGGCGCCUGGGAGAGCAAAGGCCCAAACGUGGCCGGCACAUAGCCAUCUACUUCCGGAAUUAAAAGUAGGCUUCCGGAAGCCGAGACGGUGUCCCCAUGACAACCGACGUUGGUUCUUUGAGGUCCUUGCAUUAGAGUCAGGGAAACGUCUCUGAUUUGGAAAAAAUAGACAUCUCUCACCAAGUACUGGGCAGAGAACCAGAAGUCAUUUCCUACAGAACUGUGGAAUGUGCACUUGGAAGUCCCCAAAAGCAGAUAGAAGAUGCUCCAGACCAGUAACUACAGCUUGGUGCUUUCCCUGCAGUUCCUGCUGCUGUCCUAUGACCUGUUUGUCAAUUCCUUCUCUGAGCUACUCCGAAUGGCUCCUGUCAUCCAGCUAGUGCUCUUCAUAAUCCAGGAUAUUGCAAUCCUCUUCAACAUCAUCAUAAUUUUCCUCAUGUUCUUCAACACCUUCGUCUUCCAGGCUGGCCUGGUCAACCUUCUAUUUCAUAAGUUCAAAGGGACCAUCAUUCUGACAUCUGUGUACCUUGCCCUCAGCAUCUCCCUUCAUGUCUGGUUCAUGAGUUCCUGAGUUCGAGUCCUAGCAACCACAUGGUGGCUCACAACCAUCUGUAAUGUGAUGUGAUGCCCUCUUCUGGUGUGCACGCGAACAUGCAGAUAGAGCACUCGGAUACAUAAACUACAUAAAUCUUAAAAAAGAAAAAGAAAAAAAAUAUAUAUAUAUGUAAGCUGGAUGCUUUGUCAGGCUGUUGAUCUGAUUAUAUUCUAGUGUAUAAAGCCUUGACACAAAACGAAAUAAAACACAGCACAUCAACAAAAAGCAAAAGCAAAACACCAGAAAAAUAAUGGUAACUCAUAUAUAUAUAUGAGUUAUUAUAUAUAUAUGAGUUAUUAUAUAUAUAUAUAUGUACAUAUAUAUAUAUAUAAAUGGUACAACCUUUAAUCCCAGUACUCAGGAGGAAAAGGUAAAUGGAUCUCUAUGAGUUCAAGGGCAGCCUGAUCUACAAAUCAAGUCCAGCAAAGCCAGGGAUAUUACAUAGAGAAAUCCUGUCUUGAAAAGCCAAAAAAAAAAAAAAAAAAAAAAAAUACUAUUUGAAAAUAUAUGUGAGUGCAUAUGUGAAUGAGUGUGUGUGCAUGGGUGUGCACCUGAGUUUGUUAGGUACUCUAGAAAAAGGACUUAGAUCUAUAGCCGGAAUUACAGGGGGUGUGAGACACCCGAUAUGAGUGCUAGAAACUGAAUUCUGGUUUUCUGAAAGAGCUGCAAAUACUUUUCUUUAUUUUUUUUUAUUUAUUACAAUUUAAUCCACUUUGUAUCCCAGCUGUAGCCCCCUCCCUUAUCGCCUCCCAAUCCUGCCCUCCCUCUCUCCUCUCUUCCCAUAGCCCUUCCCCAGUCCACUGAUAUCUGGCCCUAGCCUAUCAGGUCUCAUCAGACUGUCUGCUGCAAAUGCUCCUAACUGUUGCGCUAUCUCUCUAACCACACUCUCCUUCCAUUUUUACAUUUAUAUGAGUUCUGGGGAGGCCUUGCAGGCCCUUAUUUGCUUCACAUCUGUUUUACGAUUUCUUCCAUCUCUUUGGAUAGUUCAUGUGUCCCCUAUAUGCAUAUUUUGAUGAAAGUCAUUAAAAUUCAUGACUCUGAGUAUGGCUCAUGGGUAGAGCUCUUGCCUAGAAUUUGGGAGGCCCUGGCCUUUGUUCUCAGCACCACAUCAAAACAAAGCAGAACCUUGGUCUCUAGUUACUGUUUUGCUUUUCAUUGGACCCACUGUCUAGGUGUCCAAGUGCCACAGAAGAAGCAGGACUCACAGGAUAGCAGUGGGUCAAGGGAGCAUCCUCUAUCAGACUCUGGGCUCCACUUCCUGGAGUCCCAUAUCAGGCUGUUGAUGUGAUUAAGCCCUGAGCCUAAAGGCACCCUGAGGGCUAGACAUCGAGCAGAGAAACUUCUGAGGUCAUUUCUCCUUGACAAAAAAUACCUCAGUUCAGGCUUAAAGAUUCCUUUGAGACAAAAAAUCAAAAGGGGCAGGAGAUGCCUGAGAGCUGCUAAGAUGUCUAAACAGGUAAAGGAACUUCUUGCCAAGCUUAACAACUUGAGUUUGAUCCCUGGACCACCUGAUGGAAGGAGAGAAUUGGCUCCUCUAAGUUCUCCUCUCUCUGUGCAUGCAGGGUAUGGUACACACACACAAUUUUUUUUAAUUAAAAAAAAUUUUUUUGGCCAGGUAUGGUGGUACAUACCUUUAAUCCCAUCAUUCAGGGAGGUUUUGAGGCCAGCCUGGUCUACAAAGUGAGUCCAGGAUAACCAAGGCUCCACAGAGAAACCUUGUCUUAAAAAACAAAACAAAACAAAAAAUGUUUUGUGUUGUGUUGUGUUGUGUUGUGUUUUGAGACAGUUUCCUGGCUGGCCUGGAACUCAUGUAGGCCAUGCUAGCUUCAGACUUACAGAAAUCUGACUGUUUCUGUCUCUUGGGUGCUGUGAUUAAAAGAUAUGCCAUGCCCAAUUAAAAAUUCUACUUAUUUUAUGUGUACGAGUGCUGGCCUGCAUAUGGGCAUUAUGCAAGUGCCUGUGUCCACAGAUGUCAGAAGAGAGCAUUGGAUCCCUAGGAACUAGUUAUAGGAGAUUGUGAGACAUCAUAUAGGUGCUAAGAACUGAACCUAGGUCAGCGCUCUUAACCACUCAGCUAUCUUUCCAGCCCCAUUUAAAAAAAAAAAAAUUUAAAGGAGGAGUUUGAAGCUCCCUUGAGAAAUACACUCGGGAGCUUUUGAAAACAAAGGAGGUUAGCAUGAUUAUCAACCAAAUGGCUUUGCUGCAGCUAAGCAAGUUGGAGAUAUAAUAGCCUCACGUAGCUGUUAACUGUUCCCUUUCUACUCA